UACCUCAAGAAACGAAACACCACAGCAGAGUGCAGUUAAUACGCUACACUCUGUACAACCAACUCAACAAAUAUUUUCUACAUCUAAAGAACAACCAUCCUUUGCACAGCAACAUUCUUACUCAACUCGAAUACUAAAUUCUAAUUCAAAAUGGAUAGAAACAUAGAAAGUAAAACCUUUGAAAAUAUUUCUUUUUGUGCAUAUAACUGCCAAAGUUUUAAAUCGAACUCAAUUUAUAUUUCCGAACUGGUCAAAUCAUUUGAUAUUAUUUUUCUAUCGGAACAUUGGCUUUUGAAUAUUGAACUUUUUGUGCUAAAAAACAUAGCAUUGCCGACACAUAAAGUAUUUUUUCAUGCGGCAGAAAAAAAAGCAUUUGGAAGACCAUUUGGAGGAAACGCAUUCAUUAUUAAAAAAGAUGUUAUACUGUCUCCUCACAUAAUCUAUGAAGAUGACAAUAUUCUCGCUAUUAAAGGUAAAAAUAAGUGUCACAAUCUAGUCUUUAUUGGUAUUUAUCUCACAUCAUGUCGAAAUAACGAGGAAUCCUUUUCAAAGAACGAACAACAAUUAAACCUAAUCACUUCAAUUGUAAAAAACUACGAAGAUGUAAGUGAAUGUAUUAUUGCUGGAGAUUUUCAGUCUUAUCCCGAAACACUUUACGAUUCUGAGAUCCGUAAUAAUAAAAAACGCAAUAAAUUCUCUAAUCAUCUAACUAAUUUCAUUAAAUCAAAUAAGCUCUCAUUUAUCGAUAUAAUCAGUGGCGCUGGUCCAACAUACACCUAUCAGCAUAAAACUCUAUCUAACUCAUCGUAUAUCGAUCACAUCGCAGUUCUAAAAGAGUCAUCCUUAUUAUUUAUAAAUACAAGCGUUAUUCCUCCUUCUCCUUUUAAUUUUAGUGAUCACUUACCAAACGCUACAAAUAUCGUUGUCACACAUACUAAUCUAUCAACCGUAAUAAAUAGCAUAAUGCAUAAAUAUAAUUGUAUUCCAAAAUAUGCAUGGAAUAACGAAAAAUUCAUUAACAUAUAUAAUCAUAACCUCUCUGCAGCUUUCAACUACUACACCUUCAAUGAAGAAGAAAUUGAACAAGAAUUAAAACAAACAGGCGAAAAAAUCCAAAAUGCUGCUUUGUUAGCAGUUAAGCAGUGCUUUAAACAACAAAUCUGUAAGUAUUCCAAAUCAUGGUGGACAACGGACCUUAAAAAAUGCAAAGAAAAUCUUUCAUUUAACUAUAAACAAUGGCAAAAAUCUAAUUAUAAUAAAAACCAAGAAUGCAUUGAAUACAAAAGAUACAUCUUUUCACGCAAAAACUUCCGUAAAGCAGUUAAAGCAGCUCAUAACAAAAAGAUCCACGAAAAAACUAUAAAUAUUGAAAAUCUUCCAACCACUAAUCCUCAGAGGUUCUGGGAUAACAUCCGUAAAAUCAAAACUAAAGCAACAACUCGAUUAUUUACAAUUAACCAAUCGUAAAAUAUAAAAGAUAUCGUUCAAGAAUUUAGACAACAUUUUCAAACUCUUCUCAAUACGCCUCUUAUUUUAAAUAAUAACCAUAAUCCUUCUCAAAUUCCAUCUCUAAGUAAAGAGCCUAAAUCACUAAUCAUAACAUCAGCUGAUAUUAUAAAUUGCAUCUCAAAAUUAAAUAGUAAUAAGUCCCCAGAUAGCUAUGGGUUAAGUGCUGAACACCUUAAAAACUCUCAUAAUAAUAAUCUUCUUUUGUGGCUCGCUAAAUUUUAUAACAGUAUUCUAUCGAAUGGAAAAGUACCAAAUGAUCUAUCGACUUCAACAAUUAUUCCACUUGUUAAGUCAUAUAAAAAAUCUCUUAAUAAUCCAGAUAAUUAUCGAGGAAUUAGUAUUUUACCUAUCUUUACUAAACUUCUAGAAUAUCUAAUACUACAAAAAUGCCCUAGUAUAACAGAUAGCCAUUCCCAUCAAUUUGGUUUUAAAAAAAACAGUUCUACUCUCCACGCAGAAUUUUUACUGAGCGAAACUGUUAUGCACUAUAAAAACAAUAACACGCCUUUAUAUAUGUGCAGUUUAGAUGCUAAUAAAGCUUUUGACACUUGCAACUGGGAUUUGCUAUUUGAGAAGCUGUAUUUCCAAAAAAAACUUUCGUUGUCUGUAGUACACACAAUAUCAUCCCUUUAUCAUUCUGGUUCUGCAAACAUAUCCUAUCAAGGUGUUACCUCAAAUCAAUUCAGUCUAUCACAAGGGGUAUGACAAGGGUCUAUUCUAUUGCCACAUUUAUAUAACAUUUAUACUGAAAGCAUCCUAAAUGAAAUUGUCUCAGAAUGUAAAGUAGGAUCGACAAUAAAUGGAGUUUAUACUGGUGUAAUUGCAUACGCAGAUGAUGUAAUUUUGCUAAGCCCCACAAUCUCUGGUCUGCAGGAACUGAUUAACAGAUUUCAAACAUAUGGAGUAGCAAACUUUAUCAAGCUAAACACUGAGAAAACAGAAUUUCUGAUUUCUGGAAAAAGUUUUAUUCCUAACAACGUUGUUAAAGUUAAUGGUGUUUCUAAAUAUCUUCAAAAUAAAUUAAAACAUCUGGGUUUUCAAUAGGAUAACGAUACCAGCAAAAAUAAAAUUGCGACACUCCAAAAAAAAAAUUUAAAUGAGCGUAUAACUCAGUUUCAAUCAGUUGCAAAAGCUCUAAUCGACAGUGGGAUUCGUUACUGCCAGCCAUCAACAAUUGUUCAUCUGUACAAUACAUUAACAGUGCCGAAGCACUGUUAAUGUAUUGUACAGAUAUUAUUAUAAUGUAUUAUAUAUGGUCUUGAACUAUGUAAAUAUGAUACUAAUUUUCUCAGCAAACUAGGCGCUGUUGGAAGAGCAGUCUUAAAAUCAUUUUUCUGUAUUUCGAAGUACAGUAAAAAUUACCUUCAUUCUUUUUUUAAAAUAGAAGAUAUCUCAACUAUUCUCCUUAGGAACAAAGUUAAUCUUUUUAUCAGGCUGCUGAAAAAUCAAACUUGUUACUCACUUAAUCAAAUACAGGAAACACAGAAUAAAAAAUCCUUUACAAACGAAGUAAUUGAUGCAUGCAACACACUUAAUUUAAAUUUCAUACAGUGCAUGUUAAAUGGCAAAAAAAUUAAAUUGACGCAACCCAUCGUAGAGCUACAAACUAAUAUUAUGCUAAUAUUGAAAGAAACGUUCCAGUUUUGGAAUUUGAAAGAAAAGAGAGAGGCGUUUAAAAUCUUGAUGGAGGAGAAUGUUCCUAGAACUCUUUCCCAAUAAUAUGUGGAAAGCAAACCGGCUGUUUAUAAGCAUUUAUUGCUAACAACUACAAGAGCCGUGUUGUUUUAGCUGAUUUUUAAUUUAUUGUUUGACUAUUUAAAUAUUAUUUUACCUGUAAUUUACUACCGGGUGAUAAAGAGAAAAUAUAAUAAAUAUAUAUGUACAGCAAGAAGUGGAACUUGCAAUAUAAACGUACAGCAAGUAGUGGAACUUGCAAAAUAUAUGUACAGCUAAUUGUGGAACAUGCAACAUAAACGUACAGCGAGUAGUGGAACUUGCAAAACAUAGUGGGACUUGCAACAUAAAUGUUCAGAAUAUUGCAGCUAGUGAAACUUGCAAAAUUAAUGUGCAGCAAGUAGUGGAACUUGCAAUUUUUUUGAUAGACGGUUUUUGGCUAAGAUUCACGUCGUGUCUAUCGUUAACAAUGAUUAUUAUAUAGUUUCAUUACUGGAAACUUAUCUUAAUCAUUAACUAAAAGCCAAAACACAUAAUUGUUGUUUGGAAUUAUAUAUAAAUGUAUAAAAAUAUUUUUAGGUCGGAGGGGGGAUUUGACAUCUCCCUCUGCAAAUAUGAAGACUGAUGCAUCUUGUAAUACUACUACUGUAAUAUGGUCAGAGGGGGAGGGAUACGCCCUUUUCUUGUGUCUUUGUGUACACCACUACUUUUUGUUUUAAAAAUGUAAAAAAAUUAAUUCAUUUUAUAAACUUGAUCUAUUAGAUGUAUAUUUUGAAAUAAAGAUAAAAAUAAUUAUG